AGGGCGGUGCGGUGGGCUGGUUUCGGCCUGCUGGUCGCCGCUGCGCCGCAGCCGCGCGUCGCAGCGAUCUGAGCGCUCGCACGGCUGCUGUUUCCACGCCGAGUGCCGAGGACGGCGCCUCCCUAGGCACAGGGGCCGGGCCGAGUGGGUCUGCGCUCGCCCUGCGCCCCUCUCCGCGCCCCUACCCCUGGCCCUGCGCCCCGACUUGGGUUCCAGGGCGCUGGAGCUAACGCCCACCCGGUCCAGGCCCCGCUCCGUGUCUUCCCCUUUUCCCAGCCGAAGUAGGUUCUCCUUCCCCACGGUUGUGUCCAGUGACCUCAGGGCUCGGGAGUUUCGUUUAGUAAUGGGACUCUGGAACCUGGGAGGCCCGGAGAGCCGCCCUUAGGGGCUCCCUGUCGCCGGCCUCCACCUUUUUCUCCAAAGUUGAGGAUCCUUUUCCUGUUCCCUCAAACUCACUACCGCCAGAGGUGCCAUGGCCUCCAGGCCAUGGAGCGAGUGGAGCGCUUCCCUGUCCCACCUGGUACUGGGAACGGUGUCUCUGCAUGCGGCGGUGAGCACUGCCCAGGCAAGUCGAGGGGCCGCUGCUGGCUUCCUGCUCCAGGCCUUGGCCGCUGCCACCAUGCUGGCCCCAGGGCUCCGCACAGAUGAAGACUGUCUUGCUGGAGCCUGGGUGGCCACUGUCAUUGGCCUGCCCCUUCUGGCCUUUGAUUUCCACUGGAUGAAUGGGGACUGCUCUUCUGCCAAUCUGCUUCUAGGAGGAGGCAUGGUGCUGGCAGUGGCUGGUGACCACCUUGGUGCCGAGGGCCGCUCUGUGGCUGGCCAGGCGGUGGUGCUGGUGGUUGCUGUGACCAUCCUCAUCGUGGCUGUUUUCACAACCAACACUUAUGGAAUGUGGGGGGGGGUGAUGCUGGGUGCUGCAGGCCUCCUGAGCCGGCUGGAGGAGGACAGACUGCUGCUGCUACCAAAGGAGGACCUCUGUCGCUGGGCCCUGGCUGCGGGCAGUUGGACCUACCACCAGGCCCUGCGCGCACAGCGCCUGCAGUGGGAGUGAUGGCUGGAGACAGCAAAGCAAGCCUUCUCCCCUGGCUACCGCCUUCCCCUCACGGGCCUCCUCCUCUAGGGAGAGGCUCUUCUCCCUCCAGAAGCCAGCUUGCUACAGAGUGACUGGUCAGGGGGCAGAGUCUGGGCACUGUCUCCUCCUCUGGCUGAGUGUGAGGACUUGCCUAGACCAGAAUGAGGGGGACCAAGUCCCAGGCACAUUUGGGGGCCUGAUUCUGGGCUGGCCAUGGUUGUAGAUCCAAAGAGAGGCUUGGUCUGCAAUAAACCUUAGGGUUCUAGCAGG